AUGCCUCGCCUCGAGUCCCUGCCUGACGCCCACGUGGUGACCAUGGACACGCCCGGGGUGGCGGCGAGGGACCUGGCGCUGACGCUCGUAGGCGACCGGACGCUGGAGCUCGUCGUGUCGGCCGGGUCUCUGGCUGCCUCCGACCGAGACGACACUGAGGGCUCCCCCCGCAGCUCCUCCUCCGUCCUCCUCCGCCAGCGCAUCGCCCUCCCCUCCGACGCCGACCCCCGCAAGAUCCGCUCCGAGUACUCUGACGGCCGCCUCCGGGUCGAGAUAGCCCGACGCUCUACCGCCGCACACCACCGCCACAUCACUCAGGUCCGCGACGACGACGAGGAGGAGGAGGAGCUUGUUGGGCUCGAGGCCUCGUACGCGAGCAAGCGAGCGCGGCUAGGAGAGCUGACGGAGGAGCUGCGCCGCGAGCGGCGAGAGCUGGCCGGCCUUGAGUCUGAGCUCCGGGCCGCGAGGCAGGAGGCCCGCCGGAAGCGAUCGAGCCGCCGCACUCUCAUCGCGAUCGAGAGGCCGGCGGGGGAGGAGCGCAAGCGCGAAGAGACGGGAGAGAACGAGGAGGGGAAGGAUAGACGGGCAGGAGUAGAGUAG